CUUUCGGGGACUUAACAGUAUACCCCUUCCUAAUUUUUAAAAAGGCUUUUAAGUAGGAAUUUUAAGAUAUCUUAAAGUUGAAACUGUUUGUAAUUCAACCGACCUCCUGCUGUGUAGAUCAAGGUACUUUAAUGUAGAACUAUUGUGAAAACGACUAUUACUAGUAUGUCAAGAUCAUCGCGAUUCCUUUGGGAUUUACUGUCCACUUCCAAAUGUUGUUAACUAUCCAUUACAUAACGGAGAGUCUACAACAGACAGAGCUGUAAACUUCAACAUUUUUAGGAAAAUAUUUUUCCUAUUUCCAAUCGACUACGUAAAAGUUUCAACAGCUAAACAUGGCAGUUGGGAAUACGACUUCUCAGAAUUGCACAGAUUUAUGGAACGCUGACUACGAUGAAAUUAUUCUUCUAUCACAAAUUGUAGGUGCUACAUGCUUUGCCUCAUUCAUAGUGGCAGGAAUCAUAUAUUGUUAUAAAGACGCUUCGUAUGCCUUUACUUUGAAAAAAGGAGAACUUCAUUGUUUACUGGAAAUCAUAUCAAUUAUUGCAUUUGUUUACGACCUUUCAUCGGAUGUAUUUUUGAGCUUACAAUACUAUAAAGAAGGGAACUCUACAUAUUUCGUGCUGACGACGAUAUUUAUCAUUGCACCUGUAUUCUUCAGUUACAUUGCUAUAGUUGCUUUAGUUGCAAGCAAAUCGAUCAAUAUGUCGAAACCUGAAUGGUGUGCAUCAAUGAUGGUUGUUGUUACAUUGGGACCCAUUGCGGCUAUUUUUGGACAUCUAUUGGUACUAAUCUACAGUCUAGGACGAGGACCAGAUGAACGCUUACCUAUACAACUUUCACCCGCCAUUCACGGUAUGUUGGAAGUGAAUUUUGAGGCAGUACCACAACUUCUACUUCAGAUCUACAUCAACGUGAAUACAUUGGCCUGUGAUGAAAAUGACAUCAAAACAAGGCUCCUCCGAUAUGUUGCAGUUGGUGGAUCAGCUUUUGACAUUAUUGUAGCAAUGUAUGUCUACAAAAAUUAUGUAGCCGAACGGUUAUCAUCCAGUGAAGAAAUUGAAUUCAAAGUAAAAUUUGCAUCAUUUUUGAAGAAAUUAUUUUUGAUUGGAGCAAGACUGGUCAUUUUCGCACUUUUCUUAUCAGAGUUCACAGAUUGGUUUUACAUGUUUGCGGGGUAUAGGUUUUUAAUUUGUGUCAUCUUGUCUUUCAUCAAACUUUGCUUUAGAAUAGAGACACGAGCGGAGGAAGAUGUGUCAUUUAUAAAACGUUCUUUGAUAUCAAUCAUAGAUGCAUUUUUGAAUUUGUUCAUUGUUGUGAAAUUUUCAGAUUAUAAGGGCAGCUACCUGCCAUUAAAGUGUGCGUCGUAUAUAUUUAUAUACUGUGAGAACAUUGUUCUCUUCACCAUUUGGAUACUCCUUACACAAUACAAUGAUACGUGGUACUAUUGGCCAAGUAUAGGCUUAAUCGUAGCUUUCAGUGUAUGUAAUGUUUUGUGUGAACUAUUAUAUUUCAAAUGUAAGCAUAAAAACAGAGUAGGUAACGAUGAAAACCCUGGAAAUCGUCAAUCCAAGCACUGGCCAUUUAGUCCAUGAUGCGUACUACUAUACCAGAUGAUGCGUAAUACUAUACCAGAUGAAUCGUUCCGCCCUUGAGUACAAUCAGUCCAUAUCCACUUUAAACGUUACUUUUUAACCGUUCAGCAUUACCUUUCCAGGCCAAAACGUUCCGUUUCCGGCAAUAAAACGUUUCAUGCUCAUUGGAAACCGUUCGGUCUUGAUCCUGCAUGGUUAUUGGAACCCACCUAUCGUCCUUACGUCAUGACUAUCAGUAGGGAUAGGGAAAAUAAAUCAAAACAUCAGAUGGCUCUACAACGCUGGGUUUUCAAGUUUUAAGAUCUGUAACUAUUUACAUGCAACGUAUCAAGUCACCAAGAAUACGAGAAGUGCUUAACAUACUUCAUGUGCAAAUUAUAUCAUUCAUUGGUUAACUAUUUGUUUUAAUUACGUAAAGCAGCAUAGUGUCUUAAAGUAGAAAAAAAAUGUGUCCAACGUUCUGCGGUUUUUUUUUGGGGGGGGGGGGCGUCCGCUAUUCUUGUUAAUUUACUUUGAUAUAAGAAAUGUAGUUUAGUUUUGUUUGCUUGAUAGCAGACAGGCACAUGUUUCAUGCCGAUAACAAUAAAAAAAUCAAUCCAGUCAGCCCAACCUCACAUCGUGACUUCCUAAUUUGCUGUAUUGUUGAUAUGUCAUCGUGACUUCCUAAUUUGCUGCAUUGUUGAUAUCAUCCAUGGGUUGUUUUACUUCAGAGCUUGUCUCUAGAAGUCUAUGUGUUAAGAUACAACUUGAUGGAUGUAGUAUGAGGUUUAAAAUAAACAGCAUUAUUUAUAAUUCUUAAUCAUGUCCAUUUUCUAAAUUGUCAUUUUGAAUAGCAUGCUGAAAUAUAGUAUUUUUGUAUACAUCAUAGACCGAUCGUUUGAUAAGCAAUCAUUACUAUCUACUGGGUACUUAUUAAGAAAAAAAAAGAAAGAUGUCGAGAAAGUUCAACUAAUAUAUAUAGGACAGACAUGAAAAAAAAUAGGUAAGGUGCACUUUUUAUUCCCCAUAACAGUUGUACUAAUAUUUGAAACAAAUUAAAUUUUAAAUAAAAUUAAUAUCUCAAAACAUUAUCAAUGAUCCGCGCAUUAACUAAUUACAUGUUUCGAAAGAUUUUGAUUCUUUUUACACCAAUGCAUGUUUACGCAAAUUCAAAUAUUUUAGAGCCGUAGAUUGUACAGUUACGUGAUAAUAGAUAACCCUCAACAGAAAUAACACUAAAGGAUUUUAAAAAUGUUCCCGGUUGUCAAUAUUGGUCCAUGAUUUUGCUUUCCUAAUUAUCUUUACACUAGUAGGAAUUUAUAUGCCAUAUGUUGAAAAGAACGUACGAACAACUAUAAUAUGGGUUAGACGCACAGAAAACAAUUGUAAUUUUUCAGAGUUGAAAUUGACACAUAUUUUGUAGAAAAUUAAUUUGCUGAAAAAGUACGUAGGUAUUCAACCUGGUAAAUUGGUUUGAAUAGAAUUAAAUUCGAGGCAAAAAUUGUCCUCCCCACUUGCCCCAAUUAUUCCAUUCACAAACCAAACUUUGUUUAACUCUCGAUAAGUACCCUUCCAUUCUUGUUCAAACUGUUCAACAUAUGUACAACGUUCCACUGGUGUAGUAGUCCGCUUCAGUGUCUGCAAAGGCAAAUAAAUAAUGUACAAAAUAAAUCCUUAGAAAAUUGUAUGUCUUUUUGAAAACUGACGUUUAAACGAUUACAAUUUCAAAAGCAUACAUUAAUGAAAGUAUGCAAUUCCCCCUGCUGAUCACACAUGGUAUUUCAUUUUUGGCGCCACUUGCUUAACUGUUGAGAUUACUUGCGCUUACGCAACAAUUCAAUGUUGUUUGCCAUUUUAUAGAUACUGAUUGAUUGAGCAAUCCAUCUCCUAAUACAUUACCCUUUUACUUUGUGAAUGUUUGAAUCCUGUUUUGUCAUCUCCUGUAUGUUGUUUUUAUCAUCCUGGAUUGUUGUGUUCUUUAUACCCUUUUUGAACAGUUUGUGUACAUCGUUACAGGUGCUUCGGAAGCACCCCGUCUUUGACACGAGAGUUUUAUAGCUAUAUGUAUAGAACUACAUGUUGCCUUAACUUUAUUUUGUUAUCAACAUUCACUCUACUCACAUCACUCUGUGUAUGUCAUCUAUCGUCAUGGAUGCAUGUAUAACUGUUGUGUUAUUGUAUGGCCUUGGCCUACGUAUACAUAUUAUAUAAUCCCAUGUUUGCUGGUUAUUUAAUACAAUUAUUAUGCAAUAAUGGAUCAUUAUAAUUCCUUAGACAGUCAUGUACAUUAUUGUCAAAGGAGCAAUAACUAUCGACAAAGAAAUAGUGUUGAAUGAGAAUUGGAUGACCUAGUGAAGCUAACAGUUUGAAGUGUAAAUCACAUCGUUAUAUACCGACACUAAAGCGGUGGAUUUAUCUUCAUGUCAGAGAGGUGGACUAGUACUUUGAUGUGGAAUAUAAUGUAAAGGAUUGUAUAUCAUCAAUACACCCUUGUUAAAUAUGAUAUCUCUCUCAUUUCCUUAGUAACAUUGAACAUGUUUGGAAAGUUUAUAUGAAAAAAAACCACACAAACAUUUGAUUUCCUAUCCUGUUGGCUAACCAAAAUAUGGAUUUUCUUUUUAAAGAAAGAAUGUUUAAUGGUUUGCUGUUUUAUAUUGAUUUGACGGCAUUUCAAACAUACAUGUAUGUCAUCGAUGAAGAUGUACAUGUAUAAGUGUACAAACAGUUUGACUGCUCUGAUAAACUUCUGUGACACAAAUCGCGACUGAGAGGAAUAAUGCACCAUGUACGUGGAUCCCGAGUAACAAUUCUAACUUUUAAUAUCUCUAUCAUCCAUUACCUUUCGCAUUAUGUUGUUUUCAUAUUUCCUUGUUUGACUGAACUUUUAAUUUAAAAAAAACCGUAUUCCA